AUGGACAUGAGUGACCGGUCCAACGUCGCGACCUCGGUCGGCAUCUGGGUUGCCGUUGCCGUUGUAGCCGUGGCUGUGGUUUUUGUGGGCGGGCCUUUGCUUGUUUAUAAGGCUUCCAAAACAGAGCGACACCAGGCUCUGAACAGCGUCCGCGAUAGCUCUGGAUACAUAAGCCAGGGGUUGAGGGUGAGCAAAUCCAUCAGAAUCCUCCGCCGAGUCAAGGCACCUAUUCUUGCCUACGAACCGAAUUUCAACAAAGAGAAGCAUCCCGAUCCGAAUGCCGCCCCUCGCUCAAAGGCUUCUUCCCUACGAGAGCGCCUUCAGAAAGCUGUCGAAGUGAUCAAAGAGGAGGGCCCAACAGAUGAACCAGUCUAUCAAGGUGACACUCCACUGGUCCUUGACGUGAACUCUGCGGCUUUGAAAAGCCGGUCACCUACCUCAUGGGUCAGACUUGGCAAAUUGUUGGAAGCCUACCCGCAACUCCCCAUUGAGAGGGGCGACACGCUGCGUAUCGAACGAAAUGAAACCUUCCUGCCUGUGCAUCGCCUCUGGAUCUUAAUGUUCGGUUUGGUCGGAAGAUACGGCUCUCGCCGUGAAGACAGCAUUAUUGUGGGGUCUGCUCGAUUGCUGGACGCAGCUCCUGGAGCAGGCACAGAUCGAAGCCAUCAGCAUACAUUGGGAGGUCUUUCAAUAACGCAACCUGCUGCCGAGCAACGGGAACCACUUCGCGGAAUUACUGGUACCAUCGUCCCAUCCCGGAAUCGCCCCGUCCCCGCGUGCAAUUUUAUUGCUCACGACAUUCAAUACCUGGAAUCCAUAGAGCCUGAUAAACUGUCACUACGAAGCCUUUUCUGGCUUGCGCUAGGUGCCAUUCCGUUUGGAGAAGGGAAAGUCUACAGCAUAGUCGACCCCGAGCCGCCAAAGACCUGGUCAUCUCAAGACGAAAGUGGACAGGCAACGCAAACCAACGCCAACGGCGAUAUCGCUAUGGCAUCAUUUUCUCGCCAGACUUCGGUUGACUCUGAGCAUCAAGUUACCCCGGGCUCACGGGUACGAUUCUGCAAACUUGUUCAGAUCGAUAUCACCAAUGGUCCCCCUCUCGAUAUCCUACGUCGUUUUGGUGGAGGCACGCAAACUCUUCAUGGUCUUGAAGAGGUUCCGUUAGACCCCUCGGAUCCCUACAAAGCUCCUUCUUCUAUUCCCUGGGUUGUCUUGCCUUCCAACAGCCCCACGGCUACGGAUAAUACUGUUUGGAAGCUACAACGAAAGGACGCACAGCUUCUAGCCCGACGUCUUCUGGAGCUAGAGUGGCAUCCGGAAGGCUACCUCUUCGGCCGAAAUCGGGCCCCUCGUCUUUGGCGCUUUUUCACCGCCGCCGCCAGCGACCUCCAUAGCCUUCUCGAGCACAUGCAAACAAAUAUGCAUUUCAUAGCCAACACGGAGCAAAGCCGUGAGCAGCUUACCAACGUGUUGGACCCAGCCAUCAAAGCAAGCAACCGCCAGGAGAUCAACCGCGCUGGUACCAGCGCGCUCUUCUACGCCCUCCGAGCUUUCACAGAGCAGAGGCGCAGCUCCGAGGAACAGAUCAUCAGCGAGUUGGUCAGCGUUCUCUUCAUCACCGACGCCGAGUUCCGCAACCUCGUCAUGCAGAGCUGCAAGCACCUCUCGCCUGCCACCACGGCCACCACCACCGUCCCAUCCACUAGCUCCUCCCUGACUUUGGUUGCCACGACACCGGGUCCUGCGCAAAACUCACCAUUCGACAAGGUCAUCACAUUCUCCCGUCCCGCCUCUUGCAUCCUCGUUCCCGGCGCUUUUGGCGUGCCUCAGUCGUUUCCCGUGGAUUUGGAGGGCUUGUACCACGAAAACGGCAAGACGCAGCGCUUUUUCAGAGAAGGUGCGGGAAGAGAGAACAUCCAUGCGGGACUGAGGAUCGUGAUACUGGCGGCGUUGCGGGCUGGAUGUGUCAGCGCGUUGUUGAGAGGUGCGUGGAGUAGCGAGGCGCUGUUUAAGUUUUGGGCAGAGUCCCCGGAGGGGGUGAUGUUUUCGUAG